UCACAGCCUCUCCCUGCAGGAGGAAUUGGGCCGUGUCCCGGGGCUCCCGUGCGUGAAGGACGGAGGCAGAGGAAGGCUGCCCUGGGUGUUUACCAUCACUGCACAGGAUCCCUGUCAUUCUUAUGAGCCUGCCGACCACCACCGGCCCAAGAUGUCAGCGGGGGACAAGAACGGGGGCAGCCGCUCCAGCAGCAGCCGCCUGCAGAGCAAGAAGCCCCCCAACCUCUCCAUUGUCAUCCCUCCCCGGGAGGCAGAGGAGGACGGUGCCCACAAGGAGCCCUCCAAGGUGCCCGUCUACCGCAAGAGCAAGAGCCUGCAGGAGCCCCGCCCGGAGCGCCGGCCCGGCUUCCGCCGGCAGACAUCCCUGUCCCAGAGCAUCCGCAAGGGCACAGCGCAGUGGUUCGGCGUCAGCAGCGACUGGGAGGGCAAGCGGCAGCAGUGGCAGCGCAAGAGCCUGCAGCACUGCAGCAUGAGGUACGGCAAGCUGAAGGCUGCCUAUCGCGACAUGGAGCUGCCCAGCCAGGAGGUGCCCUCCUUCCAAGCCACCGAGUCGCCCAAGCCUGCCAAGAUGCCCAAGAUCGUGGACCCGCUGGCCAGGGGCCGUCCCUUCCGCCACCCCGACGACACCGACCGUCCCCACACGCCCCACCACGUCCUGCCCCCGCUCACCCCCGGCGUUGUCUCCUUGGCGUCCUUCAACAGCAUCCGCUCGGGCCACGGCCGCCUGCCCCGCAGGAAGAGGGAGUCUGUCGCCCACAUGAGCUUCAAGGCAGCUGCAGCCCUUCUCCGUGGGCGCUCUGUCCUGGAGCCACUGGCUCCCAAGCAAAGGAGCAAGAGGAGCUUCCUGUACCCCAGCUUCAUGGAUGAGGACAUGGUGGAUGCUGCUGAUACCCUGGACUCGUCCUUCUUCAGUAAGAUGGACAUGCACGAUGAGACAUACUCCAUGCCUGAUGACGUCUUUGAGUCUCCUCCUCUAUCAGCCACAUACUUACGCAUGCACCAGGUGGGGGAGGAUGCCAAGGUGUCCCCCGAGGUGGAGCAGCCCACCCCGCGGGAGGGUGUCCGGCUGGGUUCAGUGCCGGGCAGUGCAGGCCCGGCUCCGCGGCGGGGCCGGCGCAUCGCCUCCAAAGUGAAACACUUCGCCUUCGACCGCAAGAAACGCUACUACGGGCUGGGGGUGGUGGGCAAGUGGCUGAACAGGACGUACCGGCGCAGCCUGAGCAGCAUCGUGCAGUCCCAGCUGGAGAUCACCGACAGCCACCGGCCAUAUUUCACAUACUGGAUCACCUUUGUCCACAUUCUCAUCACCCUGCUGGUCAUUGGCACCUACGGCAUUGCCCCCAUCGGCUUCACCCAGCAUGUGACGACAGAGUUAGUGCUGAGGAACAAGGGUGUCUAUGAGAGUGUCAAGUACAUCCAGCAGGAAAACUUCUGGAUCGGGCCCAGCUCGAUCGACCUGAUCCACCUGGGAGCCAAGUUCUCCCCCUGCAUCCGGAAGGACCGGCAGGUGGAGAGGCUCAUCCAGCGCGAGCGGGACCGGGAGCGCGGCUCCGGCUGCUGCGUCCAGAACGACAACUCAGGCUGCAUCCAGACCCUGCCACAGGACUGCUCGGAGACACUGGCAACAUUCAUCAAGUGGCCAGGCAGCAACGCACCAGCCAUGGGCUCAGGAGAGAAGCGGACCUCAGGGGCUGUGUGUCACCAGGACCCCAGGACAUGUGAGGAGCCAGCAUCCAACCCACCCCAUGUGUGGCCAGACGACAUCACCAAGUGGCCGAUCUGCACCUACGAGACCAAAACCAACCACACGGGCUUUGCCCACCUGGACUGCGAGAUCAAGGGCAGGCCCUGCUGCAUCGGCACCAAGGGCAGCUGCGAGAUCACCACACGGGAGUACUGCGACUUCAUGCACGGCUACUUCCACGAGGAGGCAACGCUCUGCUCACAGGUGCACUGCCUGGACGAGGUCUGUGGGCUCCUGCCCUUCCUGAACCCGGAGAUCCCUGACCAGUUCUACCGCCUGUGGCUGUCCCUGUUCCUGCAUGCUGGCAUCAUCCACUGCCUGGUGUCGGUGACGUUCCAGAUGACGGUGCUGCGGGACCUGGAGAAGCUGGCAGGCUGGCAUCGCAUCUCCAUCAUCUUCAUCCUCAGUGGCAUCACGGGCAACCUGGCCAGUGCCAUCUUCCUGCCAUACAGGGCAGAGGUGGGCCCUGCCGGGUCCCAGUUCGGCUUGCUGGCCUGCCUCUUCGUGGAGCUCUUCCAAAGCUGGCAAGUGCUGGAGAAACCCUGGAAAGCCUUCCUCAACCUCUUUGGCAUCGUCCUGUUCCUCUUCAUCUGUGGCCUCUUGCCCUGGAUCGACAACAUCGCUCACCUCUUCGGGUUCCUGAGCGGCCUGCUGCUGUCCUUCGCCUUCCUGCCCUACAUCACCUUCGGCACGGUGGACAAGUACCGCAAGCGGGCCAUGAUCAUCGUGUCCCUGCUGGUCUUCGUGGGGCUCUUUGCCUCGCUGGUGGUGUGGCUGUACGUGUACCCCGUGAACUGGCGCUGGGUGGAGUACCUCACCUGCCUGCCCUUCACCAGCAAGUUCUGCGAGAAGUAUGGGCUGGAGCAGGUCCUGCACUGACCCUGCCGGCAGGGAUGGGG